GUUGAUGCUAAUGUAACGGUUCAAACUCCCAAAGAAGAGAUAACUUACACUGAUCCUACAUUCUGCAAACGAAUUACACCAAAACUAGUGUGUUUGGUGAAUCCGUGUCAGUGAUGGAGGGAGAUUCUGUCACUCUAAACACUGAUCUUACGGAAAUACAUGAAGAUGAAGACAUACUGUGGCAAUUUGGAGCUGAAAAGAUCUUUGUAGCUGAAAACAAUGGAGAAGCAGGACAUUUCUCUACAUAUUAUGGUCCUGAUGGGAGAUUCAGAGACAGACUGAAGCUGGACAAUCAAACUGGAUCUCUGACCAUCAGAAACAUCACAACUGAACAUGCAGGACUCUAUCAACUAGAUAUUAGUGCAGUGAAACUGUCUUCAAAAACAUUCAGUGUUUCUGUCUAUGCUCGUCUGCCUGUUCCUGUCAUCAGCAGUAACUCUUCACAAUGUUCAUCAUCACAGCAGAAUUGUUCAUUGUUGUGUUCAGUGGUGAAUGUGGGUCAUGUGACUCUCUCCUGGUACAAAGGACACAGUUUAUUGUCCAGCAUCAGUGUGUCUGAUCUCAGCAUCAGUCUCUCUCUACCUCUGGAGGUGGAAUAUCAGGAUAAAAACACCUACAGCUGUGUGCUCAACAAUCCCAUCAGCCACCAGACUCAACAUCUGGACAUCAGUCAACUCUGUCACACAUGUUCAGGUAUGUCGGUGGUCAUGUUAACAUUUAUUAAAAAAGCUCAUAUAUGGCAUUAUAGUCAGACAGAUUCAUGGCUCAUUUUGUUCAUUACAGAAGAGGGCCUGCCCUUAUUUUACAUAUUGUUGAUUUCUGCUGCUGGAUCUCUGUUGAUUGUAGCUGCAGUCACAAUCUUCUGGAUUUGGAAGAGAUGUAGAAAAAUUGAUCAAGAAGUUCAGACUCGUGAGGAAGAGAUAACUUACACUGUUCUAAAGUUCUACAAAAGAAAUACACACAAAUAGAAUGUCAAAGAGGAAGGACAUGUGGAGUAUGUACCUGUCGCCAUGAGGAACCUCCUAUGAAGGUUUUGGGAGUUUGGAAACCACAUGAUAAUCACCACAUGUAGCACUAUUGCUGGCUUAUUGAAUCAUUCCAAUACUAAAGUCUCAGAAGUAAUUGGGACUAUGUGUAUAAAUGACCAAAUAAUAACAAAAACAAAUAUUCAAUACAGUAAUCAAAGAUAGUCAAAGUAGUCCUUUAAUUAAAAUUUGUCUGUUUAUUAACAUCUUUACACAACUGCAUAAGCAUGUGUCCUGCUGGACAUUUGUUGUGUUUGAUGUCAGUUUGUGAGUGUGUGUCUGAGGUGUCCAUAUUGUGUCUGUAAAUAGCGUGUAGAUGAAGAGCCAUUUUCCCAAUUCUCACUCAAGUUCAUAAAUUAAUAAAAAAUGCUUGUGAGAUCUUACUGUGUGAGUACGACGUAUGAAAAUAUCAUAUGUGUAUGUAAAAUAUUAUUGAGAUUUAUAUUCAAAGGCAUAUGCAUAUCUCUAUAUUUCCACAACCUUACAUGCUAUUAAUGUGUUUCUGUGGAUAAGCAGUGCUAGUUUAGGAAAAUGUUA